CAUGAACCCCACCAGGGCCGAGUUCCCCAGGACCACCCCCACCCUGGGACCCCCAAACCCCCCUCACCCAGCAGCCAGACCCCCUCCGGCCUGCUGCCCUCCAUGAGCCGCGCCAGGGCCGAGUUCUCGAGGACGGCGGCGUUGGGGCACGACCCCGGGAACUUGGCCACGACGUUGGUGAUGGCUCCGUGGCGGUCGCACACCACCUGCAUGUUGAUGGAGUGGAAGUUGGCGGCGUUGCGGAACAUGGGCUCGUUGUCGGCCGGCGCCCGCAGCGCCACGUGCAUGGCGCCCACCAAGCCCAGCACCCCGGGCAGCGCCGGGGGGUCGCCGGGGGGCGCGGGCGGCGGCGGAAAGGCGAUGUACCGGGGCGCCCGCCGCUGCAGCGCCGCCAGGAACUGCGCCAGGCAGUUGGACAUGGCCGACUGGCUGAUGCCCGUGCUGAGGCGCGACGCGGUCUGGAAGGAGCCCGAGGCCAGGAAGGCUAAAGCCGAGGUGACUUUGACGGCCACGGGCAGCGCGUGGCUGCGGCCAGUGAGGCUCUGCAGGUCGGCGCCGAGCUCCCGGCACAGAGCGGCGAUGGCCGCCCGGUCCAGGCGGCAGCGCCGCAGCGCCUGCUCGUCGCUCAGCUCCAGGAAGGAGCAGCGCACCCGGCGGGUCGCGAUGGUGAAGCUGUUCAUCGGGAACCUGCCGCGGGAGGCGACGGAGCAGGAGAUCCGCUCGCUGUUCGAGCAGUACGGGAAGGUGCUGGAGUGCGACAUCAUCAAGAACUACGGCUUCGUGCACAUCGAGGACAAGACGGCGGCCGAGGACGCCAUCCGCAACCUGCACCACCACAAGCUGCACGGCGUCUGCAUCAACGUGGAGGCCAGCAAGAACAAGAGCAAGGCCUCCACCAAGCUGCACGUGGGCAACAUCAGCCCCGCCUGCACCAACCUGGAGCUGCGCGCCAAGUUCGAGGAGUACGGCCCCGUCAUCGAGUGCGACAUCGUCAAGGACUACGCCUUCGUGCACAUGGAGCGGGCCGAGGACGCCGUGGAGGCCAUCCGGGGGCUGGACAACACCGAGUUCCAAGGCAAGCGGAUGCGCGUGCAGCUGUCCACCAGCCGGCUGCGGACGGCGCCCGGGAUGGGAGACAAGAGCGGCUGCUACCGCUGCGGGAAGGAGGGGCACUGGUCUAAGGAGUGCCCGGUCGAUCGCCCGGGGCAAGUGGCGGACUUUGCCGAGGCCUAUAAUGAGCAGUACGGAGCCGUGCGCACUCCCUACACCGCGGGCUAUGGGGAGACCGUGUAUUACGAUGAGGCCUACGGCGGGAUGGCCGACUACUACAAGCGCUACCGCGUCCGCUCCUACGCCACGGCCUCGGCGUACGACGCCUACGCGGAGCAGACCAUGGCCCAGUACUCCCAGUACGCCCAGUACUCCCAGGUCCAGUCCUCGGCCAUGGCCGCCACCACGGCCAUGGCCGGCCGCAUCCCCACCACCUUAGACGCGUACGACCGAGCGCUGCUGCCCACCCCGGGCGCGGCGGCCGCCGUCGCCGCCGCCGCCGCCACCGCCGCGGCCGCCGCCGCGUCCUCCACGUAUUACACCCGGGACAGGAGCCCCCUGCGCCGCACGGCCGCCGCGGCCAGCACCGUCGGAGAGGCGUACACGUACGAGCGUGGGCAGCUGUCGCCCGUCUCCUCGGUGGCCCGGGCGUCCCUCUACGACAUGCAGCGCUUCGAGCGGGAUCCCUACGGGGAGCGGGCGCGCUAUUCCGCCUUCUGAGGAUCGCCGCGGACCCCCCGGGACUUGCCGCCGUUGCCGUGGCCCCGCAGCCCCCCGGACGCCGCCGCCG